CUCAUAUGCUUUGACAACAACAUUUUAUUGUUGACUUCUUAAGAUGUUGCCACCGUCUCGCCAACAGGUUCUGCGCCUUUACAAACAUCUUAUAAAAUACGGCAAUCACUUAACUCUAACAGACAAGAACUACUUCCUUGGUCGGGUACGACACGAGUUCCGUGAGAAUCGUGAGCUGACAAAUCCCCUUCAGAUUGAAUUUAAUUUCAAGCGCGGCGAGACGUUGCUCAAGAAGGGACGUAUACUCUAAGUAAUGCUUAUGCUACGAACCUUGGCUCGCCCGCUCUCCAGCAAUCUUUGCCGGCUGGCGUCCACAGCUCACUUGGACUACUCGCGUUAUCCCACGUUGC